AACAAAUAUUUGUACCAAGAAUUGAAAAAAAUAAAACUAUUAAUAGUUAUAUGGAUCUUAUCUAUGGGUCUUUAUUACAAGAUAAUAUUUUAGAAAAUAUUGAAGAUGAUGAUAAUUCAAAUUCUAUAAGUAAUGAUGAUGAUAUUCUAACUGCUGAAAAUAAGUACCACUUGAAAUAUACUUAUUAA